GUGAUCCAGAGGAGGGAGGACGGCUCUGUGAAUUUUUUCCGGGACUGGGCGGCGUACAGAGACGGGUUCGGAAAAACUACAGGAGAGCACUGGCUAGGUCUCCAGAGGAUCUACUCUCUCACCAGAUCAGGCGGUUAUGAGUUACGGAUCGACAUGGCGGACUUCGAUAAUGCCACGGCAUUUGCUCAUUAUGGUGAUUUCUCUGUUGGUCUGGACUCGGUGAACCCCGAGGAGGAUGGAUACCCGCUGAUGGUGGACCAGUACUCAGGGACAGCAGGUGACUCCCUCCUGAAGCACUCUGGGAUGCAGUUCACCACCAAAGACCGGGACCAGGACCAGUCAGAGAACAACUGUGCAGCGUAUUACCAGGGGGCGUGGUGGUACCGUAACUGCCACACUUCCAACCUCAAUGGGCAGUACCUGAGGGGAGGCCACGCCUCCUACGCUGAUGGUGUAGAGUGGUCCAGCUGGACAGGCUGGCAGUACUCGCUAAGGUUCACUGAGAUGAAGAUACGACCUAAUACUAAACGGGACUCCUGAUCAUUUGAUCCUAAACCUGACCCCUGCCCCUUAAACCUGAACCAAACCUGACUCCUGACUCUUAAACCUGAACCAAACCUGACUCCUGACUCUUAAACCUGAACUAAACUUGACUCCUGACUCUUAAACCUGAACUAAACCUGACCUUUGACCCUGAAACCUGAACUAAACUUGACUCCUGACUCUUAAACCUGAACUAAACCUGACCUUUGACCUUGAAACCUAAUCAAUAAAGCAUUAAUGGAUGAUUUUCCUGCAGAGAAUAAACCAGUUAAAUUGUGGAGCUGCUGUGAGUUUUUAAACCACCAGGUGUCGCUGCGUCCACUGAUCCGUAAACACACAGCAUGACCUCUGACCUGUGACCUCUGACCUGUGACCUGUGACCUGUGGUCAGCAGCUUCAGAAACAACAACCGUGUGUUUGUGUGUUUUAUAAAAUAUGAUAAUCAGUUGUUUUAUCUUUCUGAUCAAUAAAUUUUCUUAUUGAUGAUGUCAGAGCUGAAGGAUCAAUAAAGAGUUUCUGACGGA